AAUUCCUGCAAUAAUUACCACCGUUUUCUUAAUAGAAAAAAAGGUGUUAGUAUUAUUUAACUUAUUUUUAUUCUAUAAAGUAUAAACCUGAAAACAAGGCACCAAAAAGGUGUGUGUGUUAAGUCUCUGCUUACUACAGUCUACUAUAUACACUGCGCUCAACUCUCUAAAUCUAUAAUUAUAAAUCUGUGCAAGAGAAUCCGAGAUCUGCAACAAUGGCCGUGGAUCCGAGGCAAGUGCUGGCGGGGGUUUUGACGCUGACGAUGUUCCUCAUGCUCGGGAACAUGAUCAAGCGCGACCACUUCGAUGCUACCCACCCGGUUGUUCACGAUACAAAUAAAGCUUCAAAGCUUGCUAGUGUUGUGAAAGGGGCGGAUGAGUCUUGGAAGGAGGAUGGCUUGACCUUAAAGCCGUGCUGGCAGAAGCCCGUCUUGGAGGAAGCAGAGGAAUCACAAGGAUAUGUCACCUUUUCAUUGACCAAUGGUCCAGAAUACCAUGUCUCUCAGAUUUCUGAUGCAGUAGUGGUUGCAAGAUAUCUACGCGCAACACUUGUAAUCCCAGACAUCAGAGGAAGCAGUCCCGGUCACAAAAGGGACUUUGAGGAUGUCUAUGAUGUUGAGAAAUUCAUAUCAAGCCUAGACGGCGUGGUCAAAGUUGUUAAAUCACAGCCUGCUGGAUUAUCAUCUCGUAAUCUUGCAGUAGUAAAGGUCCCUAAUCGAGUUACUGAAGAGCACAUAGCAGACAACAUUGAACCGUUUUUCAGGACCAAAGGGAAUGUGAGACUCGUCACUUACUUCCCCUCAGUCAACAUGAAAAACAAUAAAGAAAAGACCAACUCAGAUUCACUUGAAUGCCUGGCCAUGUUUGGGACCUUGGAACCUCAAGCUGAAGUCCGCGAAGUGGUUGACUCGAUUAUUGACCGCCUGAAAACCGUCAGUAGGAAGUCAAAUGGGCAGUUCGUGGCCAUUGAUCUGAGGAUUGACAUUUUGGAGAAAAAGGGUUGUCAUAGAAGUGAUGGCUCGGGAUCCAAAAGUUGUUAUGGUCCGCAAGAGAUAGCAUUGUUUUUAAAGAAGAUCGGGUUCGAGGAAGAUACCACUUUGUAUGUGACGCAAACAAAAUGGCAUAGCAGCCUUGAUGCACUAAAGGACUUCUUCCCAAAAACAUAUACCAAGGACUCCAUAAUGCCCAUGGAAAAAAAGGACAAGUUUCUAAACUCUGACACCUUGGAGUUUGAGAAGGUAAUCGACUACUAUAUUUGCUCCGAGAGUGAUGUUUAUGUUCCAGCCAUAUCAGGCCUGUUUUACGCCAAUGUUGUUGGAAGAAGAAUAGCUUCCGGAAGGACUCAAAUACUUGUUCCGGAAAUCAUCCCAACUUCUUCUGCGGAUCCUAAGGAUUUCGUAUCGCAUUAUGUUACGAAAAAGAACCAUUUCGCGUAUUCGUGCUUUUGCUAGUUCAAGGAAGUUGAAUUGGACAGAUCUUUGCAUAUGAAAUUGAUUGGUAUUCUAUUUAUACACCUUGAAAAGGUUUGUUUGGAAAAAUAUAUUCAUUGCAUUUGAUUUAAGCCGAAGAGAUGUCUCUCUGAGUUUUUCUUUUUAUCAUUUUGUCAUUUUUUAUGCCUGAAGCGGGUUUUGGUAGGCUUGAAGACUUGCUGUAAGCCUGUAACGUAUUAGUUGGGAUGUAUUUGAAUGUUAUGUAAUUUGUAAUUAGUGUCGAUUAAUAUUUCACUGUCCAAUGAUAUAUGUCAGAUGCCCAACAUAUUCAUGUGAGCUAAAUAUUGUGUACUUAUGAUGCAUCAGAGGAAUUACUCUUGUGGACGCCAACUGAUGAGAGCUAAAUAUGUGUGCACUUAUGAUGUAUCAAAGGAAUUUCUCUUGUGGACCACAACUGAUUAAAUGUUAAAUGAAACGAG